CUUAGAACGAUGCGAACGCAUCCGUUGCACUGCGCAGUUUAGCCGGGAAAACUUUGAAAAUAAAAAAAAACUUUAAUAACUCCCAUUAAGUUGUCACUCGAUCGGACGGGCUUUCGUUUUGAAUCUGUAAAGUUUUUUGAAGUUCGUAAACUUUUUUAUGGGUGGAAAUUCGUCUCUAGCUCGUUUCAGAAGUGUGAUGUCUCUAGUAAGCGAACAAAGUAUUAAAAAACUUUCGAUAGGACAGUCAUGCACUUACGCUUAUUUGAAUUCGGUUGAGUUUUGAGUGCAUUACCCCCCACCACCAAAAUGAUGUCCCAACACCUAUCGAGCAUGUUCGAGCAGCUCGGGAACUUUACUAAGAACAAUCUGACCCAUAAUAGUAAGUUGGUGAAAGAAAAGGACACUAAGUCGAGCUCAAAUCACGUGGGAGUUGCUUCUGGAGGUGGCGAAAACCAACAGCCAUCUCCCUCCCACAAACAAUGUCCAGCUCAACCUCCACCGCCGUUAAAGAAGCCCUGCAAGCUGAGAAAUGUCGCUUCGAAAGCAGAGUCUUACGACACGCUGUAUGGCAACAGUAUCUUGCCUACACUAUGCAACGAGAAGUCUUGUCUGGGCAGCCUCAUGGCUAUACCCGGUCGAGGAGACGUGCCCCGGAACCCGGAAGAAGUCCUCAGCGAUGCCAAGGACUUUCUCGGGCAAUACUUCGCAUCUAUACGAAGGGCCAACACCGUAGCUCACGAAGCCCGCUGGAAGACCGUACAAGAAGAGGUGGUGAAGACUGGCACCUAUCAACUGACCACCACCGAGUUGGUGUUUGGAGCUAAGCUGGCUUGGAGGAAUGCCAGCCGAUGCAUCGGCAGGAUACAAUGGUCUAAGCUACAGGUGUUCGAUUGCCGGCAAGUGACCACGACCAGUGGAAUGUUUGAAGCCCUUUGCAAUCAUAUCAAGUACAGCACCAAUAAGGGAAAUAUCAGGUCAGCGAUCACUGUGUUCCCUCAACGCACAGACGGCAUGCACGACUAUAGAAUAUGGAACAGCCAGUUGAUCAGCUAUGCAGGGUACAAGCUUCCUGAUGGCACCGUGCUGGGGGACCCGAUGCACGCAGAGUUUACUGAGCUUUGCCUGAAACUGGGUUGGAAGCCGCCACGUACCGCUUGGGAUAUACUGCCGCUCGUGCUGUCGGCUAACGGCAAGGAUCCCGACUAUUUCGAGAUCCCCCGGGAGCUAGUGAUGGAGAUUCAUAUGACACACCCCACACAUGACUGGUUCGAGGAGUUGCAGCUGCGCUGGUACGCAUUGCCAGCUGUCUCCAGCAUGCGCUUCGACUGCGGCGGUAUAGAGUUCACUGCUAACGCCUUCAACGGCUGGUAUAUGAGCACGGAGAUUGGGUGCCGGAACUUUUGUGACACUAAUCGGUUGAAUAUGCUGGAGAAAGUAGCAGCAAAGAUGGGUUUAGAUACUCGGACUCCGGUGAACUUGUGGAAGGAUAAAGCUCUCGUUGAGGUGAAUGUAGCAGUACUUCACAGCUUCCAGCAGCACAACGCAACGAUCGUCGACCAUCACACUGCUUCUGAGAGCUUUAUUAAGCAUUUAGAUAACGAAAAUAGAUUACGCUCCGGUUGCCCAGCAGAUUGGAUAUGGAUUGUGCCACCGAUGUCCUCAUCCAUAACCCCUGUCUUUCAUCAAGAGAUGGCGCUUUACUAUCUCAGGCCCGCUUACGAGUAUCAGGAACCGGCGUGGAAGACGCAUCAAUGGCAGAAGUCAAAGCCGAUCAGUGGCAAGAGACCUAUAAAUAGAAAGUUCCACUUCAAGCAGAUUGCGCGCGCGGUGAAAUUUACAUCCAAACUCUUUGGUCGAGCACUCUCUAAGAGGAUUAAGGCAACCGUUCUGUAUGCAACCGAGACUGGCAAGUCUGAGCAGUAUGCAAAGGAAUUAGGGGUUAUAUUUGGACACGCGUUUAAUGCCCAGGUCCAUUGCAUGAUGGAUUACGACAUCACGUCUAUUGAGCACGAGGCGCUUUUACUGGUGGUGACGUCGACUUUCGGAAAUGGCGAUCCACCAGAAAAUGGGGUCGCCUUCGGAGAGCAAUUAUGUGAAAUCCUGUAUGCAGAUCAAGUUGGAGAAGAGACUUCAGGGACCUCUCAACUACUAACACCGAAAUCAUUGAUCAAGGCGAACAGUCAAAUCGAAUAUCAAAAGUAUGCCGUUGGCAAUCCGAAACAACUUAGUCGAUUGGAGUCUUUGAAAGGAAGUGCAACAGACGCGACGUCUAUUGACAGUUUCGGUCCGUUGAGCAACGUAAGAUUCGCCGUAUUCGCCCUUGGCUCGAGCGCCUAUCCGAACUUCUGCAACUUCGGCAAGUACGUGGACAAAUUGCUGGGUGACCUCGGCGGGGAACGAAUCCAUGACCUUGCCACCGGCGAUGAAAUGUGCGGCCAAGAUCAGGCCUUCCGGAAGUGGGCCUCAAGUGUCUUCAACGUGGCGUGCGAAACUUUCUGUUUGGAUGACGAUGAAACUCUACAAGAAGCCAAAAGGGCGCUAGGAACGGUUGCACUGAGUGAAGAAACAGUAAGGUUCACAAUACCGGAAAUUAAACCACCGGGUUUAUUAAACGCAUUGCAAUCUGCUGUAAACAGACAGUUAACAACAUGUGUAGUUAAAGCAAAUAAAGACUUGGGUGAUUUAUCAGCUGAAAGAUCAACAAUUUUCAUUGAUAUGGAGCCAAUGGGCGAAAUCAAUUAUGAUCCUGGUGACCAUGUUGGUAUAAUGGCUUGUAACCGUAAAGAGUUAGUGGAUACACUGUUGUCACGUUUAAAUGACAUUGACAAUCAUGAUGCACCGUUGCAAUUGCAACUAAUGAAAGAGACUCACACGUCGAGCGGUCCUGUGAAGUCCUGGGAGCCCCAUGAAAAACUGCCACCAAUCAGUUUGCGUGAUUUAUUCACUCGGUUCCUGGAUAUAACUACACCACCAACAACAAUACUAUUGCAAUAUUUGGCUACAACUUGUGACAAUGACGAAGAAAGAAAACAACUGAGCACACUUGCAACGGAUCCAGCUGCUUAUGAAGAUUGGCGUCAUUAUAAUUUCCCGACUCUACCAGAAGUAUUGACUCAGUUCUCGUCAGCCAGGCCCAGCGCAUCACUACUCGCUGCCAUUUUGUCACCUCUACAACCGAGAUUUUAUUCCAUCUCGUCAUCACCAAUCGCCCACCCGAAAAGGUUACAUCUCACCGUGGCGGUAGUUACAUACCGUACUCAAGAUGGCGAAGGCCCCGUCCACUACGGUGUUUGCUCAAAUUAUCUCAUGGAUCGUAAGCCUGGAGAUGAAGUUUAUCUAUUCAUCCGAAGUGCUCCGAACUUCCAUCUCCCCCAUGACUUGUCAGUGCCUCUUAUACUGAUAGGUCCGGGUACAGGUAUUGCACCUUUCCGAGGAUUUUGGCAUCAUCGCAAAGCACUCCUUAAUAUUCGCACCCGUUCGAAUACCGGUCCCGUUUGGCUGUUCUUUGGAUGUCGAACGAGGACUAUGGAUCUAUAUAGAGAAGAGAAAGAACAAGCAAUUAACGACAGAGUACUCUCUAAAGUAUUUCUAGCUUUAUCUAGAGAGAAAAAUGUUCCAAAGAUGUAUGUCCAAGAGCUAGCUGAACAAGAAGGCGCUGAAAUUCACGAUUUGUUAGUGAAUAAAGGUGGACACUUUUAUGUUUGCGGCGAUUGUAAAAUGGCUGAAGACGUAAAUCAAAAAUUAAGAGGAAUAAUAAAGAAACACGGCAAUAUGACUGAUGAACAAGUACAGAACUUUAUGUUUGUAUUAAAGGACGAGAACCGUUACCAUGAGGAUAUAUUUGGUAUCACACUCCGUACUGCGGAAGUCCACAGUGCUUCACGAGAGUCAGCUCGGAGAAACCGAGUUGCUGCACAGCCAUGACGCCGGUCUUCAAGGUUUUAUCCUAGUCAGAACCCUGCAGCGAACCGAACUUAAAUCUCCACCAAAAAAAAAACAUUAUUUCAUAAUUGAAAUAUUUGAAUUAAUUUUCAUCGAUAAUAUCGUAGGUUUAUUGAUAAUAUGCGCUAUUUACAUUUGAAAAUUAUCACAUCAAAGUCCUUAACAAUUUGUUGGAAUUUUGUUGAAACUGAGUAUUGAGGUUUUAUUGGCAAAUUAAAUUUCAUUUUAUUUUUAGUAGUUCUACGUUAUUUAAGUCAAUUAGUACACCUUGAGUAUGACUGAAUGGUUUAUUUUAGAAUAGGCUAUCCAUGAUUUAUAAAGUGAUUUGUAUAUAACUGAAUAACUCAGCGAAGUAUUAAAUUGUGUCAUAAACUACAUAAUGAAAUGCUUAAAUUUUUUUUUUUAUUUAUAAUUAAAAGCAGGGUGAGGAUUUUUACGCACAAUCGAUUUUUUAUAACCUUUAGAGGCUUCGAUGUUACGAUCAAUUAUAUAAUAAUGGCGCUUUUCAGUAUUUUAUAAAUGUACUUUAUGC